AUGCUGCCCCCUAGCUUUAAGAGGAUCAUACAGCAAAUGCCAAAAUGUGCCCUUCAGUCUCAGGGUCUCAGUGGGCUCCAGGUCCUGUACUCUACAGUGUCUGACCCUGUCUCAGUGUGUCCCUGUGGGCUCCAGGUCCUGUACUCUACAGUGUCUGACCCUGUCUCAGUGUGUCCCUGUGGGCUCCAGGUCCUGUACUCUACAGUGUCUGACCCUGUCUCAGUGUGUCCCUGUGGGCUCCAGGUCCUGUACUCUACAGUGUCUGACCCUGUCUCAGUGUGUCCCUGUGGGCUCCAGGUCCUGUACUCUACAGUGUCUGACCCUGUCUCAGUGUGUCCCUGUGGGCUCCAGGUCCUGUACUCUACUGUGUCUGACCCUGUCUCAGUGUGUCCCUGUGGGCUCCAGGUACUCUACUCUACAGUGUCUGACCCUGUCUCAGUGUGUCCCUGUGGGCUCCAGGUACUGUACUCUACAGUGACUGACCCUGUCUCAGUGUGUUCAUGUGGGCUCCAGGUACUGUACUCUACAGUGUCUGACCCUGUCUCAGUGUGUCCCUGUGGGCUCCAGGUCCUGUACUCUACUGUGUCUGACCCUGUCUCAGUGUGUCCCUGUGGGCUCCAGGUCCUAUAUUCUACAGUGUCUGACCCUGUCUCAGUGUGUCCCUGUGGGCUCCAGGUCCUGUACUCUACAGUGUCUGACCCUGUCUCAGUGUGUCCCUGUGGGCUCCAGGUUCUGUACUCUACAGUGUCUGACCCUGUCUCAGUGUGUCCCUGUGGGCUCCAGGUCCUGUACUCUACAGUGUCUGACCCUGUCUCAGUGUGUCCCUGUGGGCUCCAGGUCCUAUAUUCUACAGUAUCUGACCCUGUCUCAGUGUGUCCCUGCUCCAGGUCCUAUAUUCUACAGUGUCUGACCCUGUCUCAGUGUGUCCCUGUGGGCUCCAGGUCCUGUACUCUACAGUAUCUGACCCUGUCUCAGUGUGUCCCUGUGGGCUCCAGGUCCUGUACUCUACAGUGUCUGACCCUGUCUCAGUGUCUCCCUGUGGGCUCCAGGUCCUGUAUUCUACAGUGUCAGACCCUGUCUCAGUGUCUCCCUGUGGGCUCCAGUGUCUGACCCUGUCUCAGUGUC